AUGUCCGAUCUUCUCUACCACGUCAUACGCACCAUCAUCAGAUUCGAUGAAGAUCCCUCUGGAGCGACUCGUGAUGUCGAUAUCCUAGGUACUUUCACGGAUCUCGCUGCUGCGAAAGCAGCUGCCAAUGCUGGGCUCGCUUCCGAAGGCUACCUAAAAUCCGAUUUCGAGCUCUACGAGCAGAAGAGCGAAAUCCCGGCCGCCGAAGAAUGGAAGCGCGGCGACGGCGUGUUGGUCUUCGCCAAAGCGCCAGCGGGACAGCAAUUCGAGGUCGGUUUGGAAACUGAGGUCAACGCUGCGGGAUUCAAGGGUAAUGCUCAGGGCGAGGUGGAAGGUUUUUUGCAUUAUGUCCUCCAAACCACAAUAAACUACAACACCGACCGCACCGGCUCCUCUCAACUCACGCAAGUCGAAGGCACGUUCCCGACGCGAGGCCUCGCUUUCACCGCUGCGUUGACCACACUCCUCGACGACGAAGUCACGAAAGACAGUUUCGCCGAGUACGAUGUCAAGGCUGAUUUUGUCGGUGAGUGGCCGUAUGGAGAGGAUUGUCUUGUCCAUGCUGUGGGCCAGACGGGCGAGAACUUGGUCGUAAGGGUUAAGGCGCAGCCGCAUAGUCAUAGGGGACAUAAGUGUGCUGGGAGGAAAAAAGGGGGAAAGGGGGAGUGUAAGUGUGUGGCGAAAGAAGAGGAGGGGUGUAAGAAGAAGGCUUGUAAGCAUGAUGAUUGUGAGUGUGCUGCUUGA